AUGUUCCCCACCUCCCUCCUCGCAGCAACCCUCGCCGCCCUCCUCACCCUCACCACCCCCGCCACCGCCGCCCUCCCCCCCAACCCCAACAACCUCGCCCCCCGCGCCCCCCAAAUCGGCAACAUCCUCUUCCAAAUCUCCAAUUUCCAAGCCGAAUGCCACAGCGGGCAGUGCUCCUACCGAAUGAAAAUCAUCGCCGCCGGCACCGACGAGAUCCCCUACGGUUUCACGGCUUCGUGCCAGGGCGAGAGGGUGCCCAGGGGUGAUGCGACGCUGCGCAAUUGCGCCGUCAACCGCGGGAAGCAGAUUCAGGAUGUGCAGGCGUAUUUGCAGCAGGCGCCGUUGAGGCCGGAGUUUCGGAGUAAGUUGGUGGUUCAGGUGGGGGUUAAUGAGGGGUGAGUUUGAAUUUUUUUUAUUUAUCUCUUGAGGAUGAUGAGGAGGAUGAUGAUGAUUUAUUUGUUUGGGAGGUGAUGGUACUUAACUUACUUACUUUUUUUGUUCUUGCAGGGGUAAUCGGAUUACUUAUUACCAGGCGGAGAAGAUGGGGACGUAUGGUGAUUGGCAACGUCUGGCCGAUCAGGGACAGUUCAAUGUCUAUGCCAAUGAGUUUGCGGCGGUUGCAUAG